GAAAUUACGGAAGUGUAGAAGUUGGCUCAGCUGAGUUGGCCUGUCUCAGAUAACCUGCGGUGGUUCUGUAACAUUUUUGGUCAGAAACAGAGUAAUAUCUCGCAGGAAUGUCUUUGUCAUUCGAGGGGAGAGUCGUGCUAGUUACUGGGGCAGGAGGAGGCCUGGGCAGAGAAUAUGCACUGGCUUUUGCUGAAAGAGGCGCCUCAGUUGUAGUGAAUGACCUUGGGGGAGACACUAAAGGGGGCGGAAAGAAUUCUGCAGCUGCUGAUAAGGUGGUGGAGGAGAUAAGAGCGAAGGGAGGCAAGGCCGUGGCAAACUACGAUUCUGUAGAAGAGGGAGAGAAACUUAUCCAGACAGCGCUGGAUGCAUUUGGAAGAAUAGAUAUUGUGGUAAACAAUGCUGGGAUACUUCGUGACCAGUCGUUUGCCAGAAUGAGUGAUUUGGACUGGGACCUGAUUCACAGAAUUCACUUGAAAGGCUCCUUCUUGGUGACCCGAGCUGCCUGGACCCACAUGAAAAAUCAAAAGUUUGGCAGAAUCAUUAUGACGACUUCAGCUGCAGGCAUCUAUGGUAACUUUGGCCAGACCAACUACAGUGCUGCCAAGCUGGGCAUGCUGGGAAUGGCAAACACCUUGGCCGUUGAGGGCCACAAGUACAACGUCCACUGCAACAGUAUUGCUCCUCUUGCUGGGUCACGCCUUACAGAGUCCGUCAUGCCCCCAGACCUUGUGGCAUCUCUGAAGCCUGAGUAUGUUGCUCCCCUGGUCCUGUGGCUCUGUCAUGAUCAAUGCCAAGAAAACGGAGGACUGUUUGAGGUCGGUGCAGGCUGGAUUGGUAAAUUGCGCUGGGAGCGUUCUCAGGGCCACAUUGUGAGACAGAAAAACCAACCCAUGACUCCUGAGGCUGUCAGGGACCACUGGGACAAAAUCUGUGAUUUUACAGAUGCCACCAAGCCUACGACUAUACGAGAAGCCGCGCAGUCAGUUGUGAGUGUGCUGUUUCAAGUGGAGUCGGAGGGAGAAGUCAGUUCAAAUCCAACAGCUGUUGCAGCCUUGGCUUCAGGGAUCAAUCCUAAUGAGGCCGUGGGACAAAAGCUGCCAGCGAGCACGUUCAGCUUCAACAACACCCAGUGUAUCCUCUAUGCACUGGGGGUCGGCAUGUCCACCAGAGACCCCGACCAUCUCAGGUUCCUGUAUGAGGGCCAUCCAGACUUCAGCUGCCUCCCUACCUUCGGGGUCAUUCCCUCCCAGGCAGCCAUGUUGGAGGGUGGGCUGAACUCAGUCCCUGGACUCAACAUGGAUUUGACACGGGUGCUGCAUGGAGAGCACUAUCUGGAGCUUUACAGACCUUUACCAACCUCAGGUAAACUCACCUCUGAGACCACCAUAGCAGAUGUGCUGGACAAAGGAUCCGGAGCAGUCGUCCUCCUGGAUGUGAACACCUACAACGGCGCCGAGCUGGUGUGUUACAACCAGUUUUCAGUGUUUGUGGUCGGAGCCGGGGGGUUCGGAGGGAGGAGAGCCUCAGAGAAAGCCAAACCUCCUCUUUCUCCACCUCGUCGGGCACCAGAUGCUGUGGUGAUUGAUUCUACCACAAGAGACCAAGCGGCUUUGUACCGUCUGAGUGGAGACUGGAACCCUCUUCACGUAGACCCCAGCUUUGCUGCUAUGGCAGGCUUCGAGGCUCCCAUCCUGCAUGGUUUGUGCUCAUUUGGCUUCGCUGCAAGACAUGUCCUCAAGCAGUUUGCAGACAACGACCCCUCCAGAUUCAAGGCAAUCAAGGUUCGCUUUGUGAAGCCAGUGAUGCCGGGUCAGUCACUACAGACUGAGAUGUGGAAGGAAGGCAACAGGAUUCACCUCCAGUGCAAAGUGAAGGAGACCGAUACACUUGUGCUGUCAGGGGCCUAUGUGGAUUUACAUGUCACAUCAAAUGCUUCUCCAGAAAAUCUCAGUCAGGGAGGCGGCCUUCAGAGCGAGCUGGUGUUUGCAGAGAUCGGGCGUCGUAUUAAAGACUUGGGCUCAGAGUUGGUGAAGAAGGUCAACGCUGUGUUCGGCUGGGAGAUCACCAAAGAUGGCAAGAAUGCUGCACAAUGGACCAUUGAUCUGAAGAACGGCAGUGGCUCCUUGCAUAAAGGCCCUUUCAGCGGGAAGGUGGAUGUGACCCUCACAUUGUCAGAUGAAGACUUCAUGGAGGUGGUGCAGGGGAAACUCAACCCUCAGAAGGCGUUUUACUCUGGCAAGCUGAAGGUUAGAGGGAACAUCAUGCUGAGUCAGAAGCUUGAGGUCAUCCUGAAGGACUACGCCAAGCUGUGAGCCCUUGAGCCAACCAAUCAUAUGACUUUAGAAAGUAACCAACCUACCAACUCUCCGUCUGUCGACUUUCUUGUCCUAAUUCAUAUGGCUGUACUUAGAGUACAGGACUCCUUGAUCAAAUAGGAAAUUUCCUUCACUGAAUGAAAUGGAAAGGAGAAAGAGGAUAAAUGAGAUUUAAAAAAAUUUUUUUUGCGAGUAACUGGCAACAGGAGAGGCAGUGAUUCACCAUCUUAUUUCAGGUUGGAGUAUUUGUGCACUUAACACACCAGCCUUUAAAGAUCCAAAUGGUAAAUUCAUUAACCAUUAGUCUUCACAAAUUUAAUUAAAAUGCUAAAUAAAAACCCCUCAAUUUUAACACUAAUUGGUUAUUGUCCUCUUGCAUUAGCAGAAACAAGCAUUUUACUACAGUUAAUCUAAAUUCUGCCUAAUGUUCAGUAAAUGUUUGGAUGAAGUGUUAAUCUAAACGCGUUUGUCUCAGACUGGCUAAAGUCAGUGGUCUGUUUCAUUAUGACAUCUAAUUGCUCUUCAAUGUAACUGCUACUGUAAUCACAACUAGAACAUGGAUCGGGCUGCAUAUUUCUGUCUGUACCCGACCCAUGCCCGAGUGUGGUGUCCGAACCAGACAAGCUUAUAGUGUAAAUGUCUGACCCCGACAGUUGUUUAAUAAAGACAUUCAUUAAACAGACAUUUGAGUGCUCCAGCUGUCUAGCUUAAAGUUUGACCUACAUGUCCGAACUCGACCCAAACUUAAACGUAAUUUCUAAAUUUGUCCAAACCUGGUCCCAACCCUUGCGUAUCGACUGCUCUCGUUGGGCUCGGUAUCCACACUCUAAUCACAACAUAAUCUGUGAGAUGUAGUUUGCUAGUUUUAUAAUGUCAUUGCAAUUGUAAUGAAAUUCAGUGGUUGCUCUGAAAAUAAAGCAAUUCCGACUAAAA